UACCCGCCAAGCUGUAUCCCUCGUAUCCCCAGGUCCUCCAGCCCCUGUUCUCUCCCAUCUCUACCCUAACUCCUCUCUUCUACCCUCUAGCCCACACCACUCCUCCUCCCUUCCCCUCCCAUCCCUCCAUCUUCCUCUCCCUCCAUCCCUCCCCUCCCUGUCUCACCUCUCCUCCCUAUCCUUUCCUUCUCCUCCCCUCCCACUUCCAUUCCCCUGUUCCUUCCCCCCUCAGCUCCAUUCCUGCCCUCCACCCCUCCUUAUUCCACUACUCGCUCCCUCUCCAUUCCCCCCUCCUCUUCCUCACUCCAUCUGCUCGCUUCCCUCCUCCUCUCUACCUCCCUCCCUCCCUCACUCACUCACUCCUCCUUCCUAUCCUCUCUCUCUCCUCCCUCCCUCACUCCUCUUUCCUAUCCUCUCCCCCCCCCCUAUCUCCUCCCUCCCUCCCUCCCAGAGACAGAGUCGGAGGCAGACACUGGGCUCUCCGCGGCCUCGCCCCGUCCGUCCGGCUCCCGGUACGAGCCGACGGAGACGGGAGACGGGAGCCAGGAGACGAGCGGCGGGCGGAUCAUGGAGGAGGCGGCGAUCGGAGAUGCGGCAUUGUUCCACUCCGAGCAGAGGCUGCAGCAGGCUGCCAGGGUCAAUGACACGGCGACGAUCAGGGAGCUGAUUUGGGGCAAGGUGAACAUCAAUGCCAGGAACUCGAUGAACCGGACAGCCUUGCACUGGGCGGCUAUGGCCGGACACGAAAGGGCAGCCAGUCUCCUCCUAGACCACCACGCGUUGGUAGACGCCGAAGACAAGUUUGGAAUGACGCCGGUACUUCUAGCUGCUAGCCACGGCAACCUGAGCACCCUGCAGACCCUGGCGAAGGCCGGAGCGACGCUGACAGCCAGGAACAGGCUAGGACAGACUCUGCUGCACUGUGCAGCCGUGCAAGGCCACCCCAGCGUCAUCCGGUACGUGGUUGAGGACCUCGAGGGGAUCCCUGUAGAUGAUCCGGACCAGAAUGGGAAGACGCCCCUGCUGCUGGCAGCCGAGAGUGGCCACUCAGAUGUGCUGAGCCUCCUGUGUGAACUGGGCUGCGAUCUUCAGGCUGUCGACAAGGAGUCCAACAGCGCCCUGCACCUGGCGACGAGACGGGGCCACGCAGAGCUGCUGUCCUUCCUGACGUCGGCCAUCUGCUCCGAUGCACAGAAUCAGGACGGACUGGCACCACUGCACCUGGCUUCUCAGGCCGGACACCUCAGCUGCGUCCGGACGCUGCUGGACAGCCAGUGUCAGAUCAACGCCCUCAGCUCCCAACACCUCACCGCCCUGCACUACGCCAUCAGCCACGGGCACCUGGAGGUGUGCCAGCUUCUCAUGCAAGAGGGAAUCGACGUCAACGCCAGGGGAAACAAGGAUCCCUGCCUCCAUCUUGCUGUGAAGCAUAACAUCCCCGAGCUCGUCCAGCGCCUGCUCGCGGCCGGCUGCGACGUCAACAUCUGCGAUUCUAGGCGGCAAAGUGCGUUGCACGUGGCGGUGGAGAGGCGCCAGCCACCUAUUGUGGAGCUGCUGCUGAGGGCGAACAUCAACCUUCACCUCCAGGACCAGCAGGGGCACACAGCGCUCGACCGGGCUGUCCGCAGUCAGCACGCGGCACUGGCUGACAUGAUCAUCAAGGCGGAGAGAUUCCACGCCCGUUCUCUGGGUGCUAAUGGGCAGACGGGGGAGCUGGACCUGACCCUCAGGCACGUGGGGGACCUGAGCCGGGUGCGAUCCGUGCUCUGGGCUCUGGCCACCAGGCACCAGAAGCCGGGAGACUGGAAGAAGCUGGCCCUGCACUGGGACUUCUCGGCAAAGCACAUCCAGGCGCUGGAAAACCAGUGGACAGGGAGCGACAGCUACAAGGAGCACGGGUACCGGAUGCUACUAAUCUGGCUUCACGGCAUCAGCAGCCUGGGCAAGCACCCAAUCAAGGAGCUGUACGAGGGCCUGGUGGAGAUCGGAAGCACCGACCUGGCAGAGAAGGUGCGUCGGCAGGCGAAUGCGGAGCAGGAACCGGCCAGGAGAUGCGUGCUGAUGUGAGGCUGGCGGUCAGGCCGAGUCUGCACCGUGUCCGAAGGAUCUUGCCGAACUAGUUGGUCGGUGCAACAAUUGUGUCCAAAACCACAGGAUGAGGUGAUGUAGCAGACGGCGUCUGGGAGCAAGGAUUGAGAGCACCUACCUGGUCUGGCCGUCAGUCACUUCUGCCGACUCCUGAAUAGUUUUUCAUCUCCUGAUUGCUAUAAACGGACUAAGGAUUCUAAAAACUGGGAAAGGGUCAGUGGAAGCAAAUGUACAUGGCUGACAGGGAUGGUGAACCAACUUAGUUACAUUUCAUGGGCCUUCCACUGAGGAGAAAAUCUCCUCAAACCUGCUCUUGUUACCUUCAGGUGGCAGAGAGGUGACUGUACCCAACUUCUUCUCUACCCCACGAAUGCUUGAUGGGUAUAGAGGGAGUUUCACUCUGUGUCUGACCCCAGGAGUGUGCGGUGGGACAGUGUAGAGGGAGCUUCACUCUGAGUCUGACCGCGGGAGUGUGUGAUGGGACAGUGUAGAGGGAGCUUCACUCUGUGUCUGACCCCGGGAGUGUGCGGUGGGACAAUGUAGAGGGAGCUUCACUCUGUGUCUGACCCCAGGAGUGUGCGAUGGGACGGUGUGGAGGCAGUUUCACUCUGUGUCUGACCCUGUGAGUGUGUGAUGGGACAGUGUAGAGGAAACUUCACUCUGUGUCUGACCUGGGGAGUGCGUGAUCGGACAGUGUAGAGGGAACUUCACUCUGUGUCUGACCCCGGGAGUAUGUGAUGGGACAGUGUAGAGGGAACUUCACUCUAUGUCUGACCCUGUGAGUGUGUGAUGGUACAGUGCAGAGGGAGUUUCACUCUGUAUCUGACCCCAGAAUUAUGUGAUGGGAUGGUGUAGAGGGAGUUUCACUCUGUAUCUGACUCUGGGAGUGUGUGAGAGAAAUUUUACUCUGUUUGAAAGGCCGUGGUCUGGAGAAUCUGAUGGGGAGGUCUACCCUGCAUCUGGUACGACCCUUGUGUGUUUCAAAACAGUCAUGUGUAUCGCCAUGGAGCUAGACUUAUGAUGUGUGAGGUGGUGAUAUCCCUGCUGGAUCCCACGAAACCCCACACUGGCUCUGCCACCUGCAUUAAAGUUCAGGUUCACUGUUUGAGAUCGGCGGAUGUGGUGUUUCGAUUUACCUCAAAUGUCAUUUCUGAAGAGAAAUUUGAUGUGAGAGCUAAGAUCUCUACUCUUCAGCCAGCUCACUCCAUGUGAUAUCAAGCAAUGGCUGAGCACCGUUUUGUAUUAACGUUUCUCAAAGUGUUCCUGGGCCCAACACACAGAUGCAGUCACGAGGAAGGUGCGACCUCUGUGGGAGGUUCAUCUUGCCACUGAUGAACUUCUGCAGAUGUUCUGUUGAGAGUGUCCUGACUGGAUGCAUCGACGAUUCGAGUGCCCGGGAACGUGCAGUGAGGGUAGUGGACUCUUCCUCCCCACUAUUGGUCAUACCUACAGGCAGGGUUCCAGAAGCCAGAAGUCCCACACCACCAGGUUCAAGAACAGCUACGUCCCUUCAGCCAUUUAGUUCUUGAACCAACCAGCACAGCCCUAAUCACCACAGUUUCAUACAGAUCACUUUGAACUUAAAUGGGCUUCUUAUGUUUGAAUUGUUGUCUUGUAAAAGUGUGGUAUAAUUUGUAUAUAUUUCUUGUGAAUGCUGCUUACUUGGUGCCAUGUACCUGAGAUGUUGCUGUAACCUAGUUUUGGACCUGUGCAUACAUGGAUAUUCCGGUAUGACAAUAAAGUCAACUUUGUCUUUGGAUCCCAGGACUGGGUUGGACAACCUCCCAGCUUCAGUACUGAGACAAUGCUCAGGGUGGAUUCUCCAUACUGUCAUUCCUGUAUCUGCUGAUUUGUGCCCAGUUUGAAUUUUGCCAGACCCCCUGGUUCCAAGCAGGGCCCAGUGUGCUGGACUCCAAAGGUGAGAAUGCCUCCCCUCAAUGAUAAGGGCAUCACCUGACCCAGUGAACUGCUGGGGAUCAAAGGCAGACACUCUCGAUCUCUAACCAGCACCGAGAAAGCCGGUUGGGGAUAUGGGAAGUUUCAAGUCUUCAGGAUAGAAUUUCAGCUCCUGGUAUCAUAGAACAUAGAGCACUACAGCAUAUUACAGGCCCUUCGGCCCACAAAGCUGUGCUGACCUUUUAACCCUUCCCUCCUACGUGGCCCACCCCCACCCACUUUCUUUCAUUCAUGUUCAUUCUAAGAGUUUCUUAAAUGCUCCUAUUAUGUCUGCCUGUUUAUCUUGAGGCAUAGUGAACAGCUAGAAACUUCCCCAGCACCGAAAUGGCUGAUACGAGAGGGUAUAAUUUUGAGAUGACCAGAGGAAAGUAUAGGGGGAAUGUCAAAAGUUCUUUUUUUACACAGAAAGGUGGGUGCAUAGAACACACUGCCAGGGGUGGUGGGCGAGGCAAAUACAUUAGCAAAAUUUAGGAGACUCUUAUGUGGGCACGUGGCCAAGUGGUUAAGGCAUUGGACUAGUGACCUAAAGGUCGUGAGUUCGAGCCCCAGCCGAGGGAAUGUGUUGUGUCCUUGAGCAAGGCACUUAAUUACACAUUGCUCUGCGACGACACUGGUGCCAAGCUGUAUGGGUCCUAAUGCCCUUCCCUUGGACAACAUUGGUGUUGUGGAGAGGGGAGACUUGCAGCAUGGGCAACUGCCGGUCUUCCAUACAACCUUGCCCAGGCCUGCGCCCUGGAAAGUGAAGACUUUCCAGGAGCAGAUCCAUGGUCUCGCAAGACUAACGGAUGCCAUCUCAAGAGGCUCUUAGAUAGACACAUGGAUGAUAGAAAAAAUGGAGGGCUAUGUGGGAGGGGAGGGUUAGAGUGAUCUUUCGGUAGGUUAAAGGUUUGGCACAACAUUAUGGGCUGAAGAUGCUCAGUGCUACCCAUACAGUGAUGAAAAGCACAUGGGAUUAAAGGGUCAGUAAACUUUUUACCCACAGACACCAUUCAGCACAUUUACUCGUGUGCAGAGACUCAAUGCACUGUGGGCCACCAAUUAAACACCCUCAAGAAUUGCUUUUCUACUUUCCAAAGGUGCACGAGGGGAGUCAAUUUCCCCACAGACAAUGAGGUCCCUUGAGAUACGUUAGCCCAAGAGGCCUUUCGAUGUGACACUGUUGUGUAACGCUCCCACACAGCUCACAAUAAACCGGGCACAAUCCUUCCACGUCAACGCGUUGCUCCCAGAACCUCUGAUCAGCGGAUCUGGUCUGGCAGAGUUAGUUCACCAUUCUGGUGGGUAAACCCCAGGAACUAUUCAGCACCUUGAAUCUGCCCCUCCCUCCAACUGACCCAAAGGUUCAUCGCUGUUAGCCUUGGCCAAUGUUGGGAGAGAAUUCCAAUGGUUACCACCCUCUGAUCAGAAUGCAUCCUCUUGGACAUCAGGCCGGUGGGGGAGAAAACAUUCCCUGGUAAGUUGGAUUCAAACAUAAAACUCCAAUAAUCUGCUCUCUGCCCUCAUCCCGUGGAAAUCGGACACUUGGGCUUCUGGCCGCACACAUAGAACAGAGAACAGUACAGCCAAGGAACAGGCUGCCAAACCAGCUAAAAACCAAAUCAAAGAUACCCAAACACUAACCCCUCCUACCUACACAGUGUCCAUAUCUCUCCAUCUUCCUCACAUCCAUGGGCCUACCUAAACAUCUCUUAAAAACCUCUAAUGUAUUUGCCUCUACUGCCAUACCGGGCAUCCAGCACUCUCGGAGUAAAAAACUUCACCGUCACAUCCCACUUGAAUCUACCCUCUCUCACCUUCAAUGCAUGCCCUCUGGUAUUAGACAUUUCAACCCUGGGAAAAAGCCGCUCUCUGUCCACUCUAUCUGUGCCUCUCAUAAUCAUGUAAACCUCUAUCAGCUCUCUCCUCAGUCCCAGUACCCCAGAGAAAACAACCCAAGAUUAUCCAGCCUCUCAUGAUAGAACAUGCCCUGUAAACCAGGCAGCACCUGGUAAACCUCUUCUGCACUCUUGCCAAGGCCUCAAUAUUCUUCCUAUAGAGGGGUGACCAGAACUGUAUGCAAUACUCCGGAUGUGGCCUAACGAGAGUUUUAUAGUUGCAACAUCACCUCUUGACUUUUGAACUCAAUGCUUCGACUAAUAAAAACGAGAAUUCCAUAAGCCUUCUUAACCACCUAUCAACCUGUGUAGCCACUUUCAUGGAGUUAUGAACUUGGAUUCCAAGAUCUUCCUGCUCAGCAACACUGUUCAGGAUCUCGCCCUUAACACUGUACUGUUUCCUUACAUUUGUCCCACCAAGGAGCAACACCUCACAUUUAUUUGGUUUAAACUCCAUCUGCCAUUUCUCUGCCCAUAUCUGUAACUGAUCUACCCUGUGGUGUAUUCUUUGCCAGUCUUCUACAGCCUCACCAGUCUUGGUAUCAUCCACAAAUUUACUAACCCACGCAUCUGCAUUUUCACCCAGGUCACAACCAGCAGAGGUCCCAGAACAGAUCCCUGUUCUUAAUCUUAAUCUGGAUUAGCCAUUCAUGAGGGAUUUGGUCAAGUGCCUUAUGAAAAUCCAUGCGGACAACAUCCAC